GUAGCUGAAAAGUCGGCAUCUUGGUGCGGAAGAUGAACAAGAAAGGUCUCGCAGUUCUCAUGCGGACCAAAGUGCGUCCCUCCAUAUCACCACCUUCUCCGAACACAUUUCAAAAAAUGAAGACCUCUCCCCGGGAAAGCGCCCCAAUUUCUCCUCCCUCUACAUCCUCCGAUUCCGAAAGUGGUAUCAGGGACUUUACUCAAGUAAGGGAUUGGAUGCACUCUGCAAUAUCAAUGAACAAGGCAGAAAUUUUAGAUGCUGCUCUAGAUGAGUUUUCUGAGGGUUAUGUUUGUCUUUCCCAUGAAAGUCGUCGGAAAUUACUUCUUGCACUUGGCCAAGAUUAUGAUCUCCACCGGGCUCAAGUUCGCGAGUUGAUGAAACAAUAUCUUGAUCUUCAGCUUCCAAGUGAUAAGGCUGAAAACAGUGGGAAUGAAGAGGAAGGCUCACUUUCUGCUUUCUACAGGAUAGAGCGGAAUCUGAGGCAUGCUUUGAAGCCAAUGUAUGAAGUUCUCUUUGAGCGCCUCAAUACGCAUCCCGGAGGGUUGAAGUUCCUAUCUGAUAUGCGGGCUGAUAUUAUUUCGAUUCUCGCGGAUGAAAAUGUGGCAUCAUUGAGAGCAUUAGAUUCCUUCUUGAAAGAAAAACUUGUUACAUGGCUCAGCCCUGCAAAUCUAGAGCUCCACAAUAUAACAUGGGAUGAUCCUGCAUCUUUGUUGGAGAAGAUUGUGGCAUAUGAGGCUGUACAUCCAAUAAGCAAUCUCAUAGAUCUCAAAAGAAGGCUGGGAGUAGGCCGUCGUUGCUUUGGUUAUUUCCAUCCAGCAAUACCUGGUGAACCUCUUAUUUUUAUUGAAGUAGCACUUAUGAAAGAUGUGGCUCAGACAAUACAGGAGGUCUUAUGGGAUGAUCCUCCAGCGCUUGAAUGUGAUGCUAGUUGUGCCCUAUUUUACUCUAUUUCAUCUACUCAGCCUGGUUUAUCAGGGAUUAACCUUGGAAAGUUUCUAAUCAAGCGUGUGAUUGAUGUGGUAAAGAAGGAUUUGCCCAACAUCUAUACAUUUGCAACACUAAGCCCUAUUCCUGGUUACAUGCAAUGGCUGCUUUCUAAGUUGGCUUCUUCAGAGAGAUCAACUCCUACUUUUAGGGAGAACUUGCUUAAUCCAGACGAAGAAAGAGCCAUUUUAGAUGCUUCCGGAGAAUUGAAUACAGGAAGAAGUGGUAUGGAAGUUCUGUGGAAUCUGUUGGCAUCAAAGGACUAUGAGUGGACAAAUUCAAUGAUCUUGACAUCUGUGCUUAGAGCCCCUCUUAUGCGACUUUGUGUGAGGUACCUUGUGCACGAGAAGAAGAGAGGAAAGGCUCUCGACUCUGUCGCCAAUUUCCACUUACAAAAUGGGGCAGUAUGAUAAGUAGAUAUUAAUAAAUUGGUUUUUAUUUAUGACAAUUAAACGUGCAUUAAAAUGUCUGACAACUGUGACAAGUGAUUAUGUCGGAUGAAACGAAAUUUAUGUUCGUUAAUAAAUUCAAUUGUAGAUGGUUGGAAGACUUAAUUGGAUGGCCGACAGAUCCGAAAAGGGCCUUAAGCAAAGUGGCGGUAUAAUGGUAAAUUACAUAUAUAGGCUGGAGAAUAUUGAAGAAAAUGCUCAGUCCUAUAUUAGUGGAGGACAUAUCCAAACAUCCUCUGAUGUCAUACUCUUUUGAGGAUGAUCAACAAGAUAGAAAGGAUUAGUACUAUAUGUCCAAAUUGUAUAAUCUCUGUUCUCAUCAUACAGGUGCACAUGUGAUUAUUAUUAUGCAAUCUUGGAGUCCCAUUGUAAAAUAUUGAAUCUUUGGCAGCCUAUAUAUGUGAUAAUUAAGUGUUCUUGGAAUAUUUUUAUAUAAUCUCAAAUUUAUGGGUGCAUUUGUAUGAAUUAAAAAAACAAAUUAUAUAUGGACUUUGCUCGGUGAUAAUACAUCAAUUUAUUGCUUAUGUCGAGAUCCAUACUUAACAUACGGACUUUAGGCAUGUACAAAAAAUUAGUGUUUAAAUU